GCCGGCAUCCAUUGUUCUCCAAAUCAUGACCAUGCUGUGCACGGCACGACAUAUAAAGGGCGGAGACCGUUGCUCAGCCGACGACCUUUGAUCCCCGUCUUUGUCGCUUUGCCCCGAUACCUUUGUGUGGCUAACCGCUGCCGUUUGCCGGUUCAAGCCUUACGCUUAUAACGAUGGGUCGCCGAUCCUUCUCCCUCACCCGCGGCUUCCACAAGAAGGUCAAGCCUGCUGACUGGCCAGAGCGCCACCAUAUGUGCAGCAACCCGGACUGCAUGUUUCCCAAUCCCCCCAAGUCUGUGUCCGGUCGCUACGACUGCUUAGGCUAUCCCCAGCCGGGCGUUCAUUGCUUUGGGGUUUUCGACGUUUCGGAGAGGAAAGCAGAGCGCAAUGACCGCAUCGAGAAGAGCCAGAAGCGCGAGAUGUACUCGAAGGAGAAAGUGAGGGUCCAGCACUACAACGCGAAGUUCUUCAGGCAGUUCGACGAGCCGCAGCCCGAAUUUCCGCGACAGCACGAACGACCGCGACCGGUGCCGAGGCCGGCUGAAGCCGCUGAACCUCUUGUGCUUCCAAGCAUGUUGGAUUCCACUUCUGACAAUCAGUCCGUGUUCAUGCGUAGUCUGUCUCCAACGCGCAGGGCUCCGCGGCCUCCUGAAGAUGAUGGUAGAGUCACACCCGCCUCGUCGAGCACUUCCUGCACUUCUGACCUGUCGCGCUCGUGCUCACCCAUCAUGCGGGGACGCUCGACGGACGCACGCCCUCUCGCGGACGGUGUCCGUCCCCUGCGCAUCGACAAGGACUCCAUUCGCUCGAAGGCCGCAGCUGCUACCACACCUGCGCACCACAAGACAUCUUCGAGGCAGCCGGCCACGCACGGUCGCGACACACCUUCAUCUUCCCGCUCUCCAUCCGGUUCCCUCGAAGCACAACGCGAGUUCCACAUGCAUCGCGCGAUGUCGCCUCCCCCGGCCCCCGGGGCCCCCAUCAAGGUCGAGGGCUUGCAGUUCAUGACUACCUCGCGGCAGCUGCCUACCGCGCGCACAGUGUAUGGUCACAAGCACGGUGUCGUGCCCGACACGUACUCUUCGACCCCUACUCCCGCACGCCCGCCUCGAGAGGCCGCGGCUCCGCGUCCUGCCACGUCUUCUGCUGCACGUCACGGCGCCGCAUUCUCGCACUGGAAUUCCUCGUCGAUGCGCGGCAGCCCACACGCUACCACCUCGCGCAACCCAACGUCCGGUCGUAGCGCUCGCCCGGAGGCUGACAACCCACCUCGCGCGGUUGCGUCGCCGCGGCACGCUUCGCCUGCUGCGACAUCCCGCCCAUCAGCAUCCACCUCACGUACUGACGCCAACGGAACUUUUCGCAGGCGCGUCGAGGUAGCCAAGCCUUUGCCUCCUCUUCCGCCUGGCCACAAAGUCUCCUCGAGCGACCCAACUCCGAUGCGUCCCCAGUCUCCGACCCCGAGAACGAGGAACGUUCGCCCCAUGUCUCCCGAGCGAUUCGCAUCCAAGCCCCUUACUGGUGGUUUGCAGUACAAGUACUACUGA